UAGGCGAGUCACGUGUAAGGAGUCCGUUGAUCUCGUUUCGUUUAGGCAGAGAAUCUCCUGUUUGUUCCUUUCAUUUGGGCCCUAUUUUAUGUUGUCUUCAAAACAACAAUUCGUGUAGAUCCAUCUAUCUUCGCCGAAGAAUGAGCGACAACGAUGAUAUCGAGGUCGAUAGCGAUGAAGAAUCAUCGAGAUUUCACUCUGGGGCAGACAAACGGGCACACCACAAUGCGCUGGAGCGCAAGCGUAGGGACCACAUCAAAGACAGCUUUCACAGCCUUCGCGAUUCAGUUCCCGCCUUGCAAGGGGAAAAGCAAUCUAUCAAACAGGCAUCCCGAGCUCAGAUCCUAGAUAAAGCCACAGAGUACAUACAGUACAUGCGACGAAAAAACCACACACACCAGCAGGACAUCGACGACCUGAAGAGGCAGAACGCUCUGCUGGAGCAACAAGUACGGGCACUGGAGAAAGUCAAGGGGACAACGCAGCUUCAGGCCAACUAUUCGUCUUCAGACAGCAGCCUGUACACCAACCCCAAAGGCAGCGCUGUAUCGGCUUUCGACGGCGGUUCCGACUCGAGCUCGGAGUCCGAGCCGGAAGAACAGCGCACCCGGAAGAAACACCGUGGGGAGGAUAGCUAAACAGCAGAUCUUAAGCCUGCUCCACAAAGUUCUCCUUUGAGGGGAGGGAGAGUCACAGCAACGGCCUGUUUAGUUUAGUUUAGUUUGUAUGUACCUGUAUCUACCCAAACCUUCUUGAUCAAUCUCCUUCGGUAAAUGUCAACCAGAGAACCCUCGAAUCCACAUCUGCAGAAAACCUUACAGGGUCACAAGAGCGAGGAACACCCGUUUACGGGAAGAAGACUCACAAUUGAAAUCAUGGCUUGUUUUUCUCUCCCUCCCUUUCCGAGUUCGUCCAUCUUGCGUCUUGGCACGCACAACAAGAAACGAUGAUUUUAAACCCAAAAUGAGGCAGCUUUGCAAUUUAAGGACUUGAUGCUUUUUUGUACCCUCAACUACAAUCCCUCCAGGUGGAAUUUAAAGGGGUGAACGAGGCGUACAGCUCAUAGCACUGCUAAAAUAUAAUUUUUUUCUGUUGAAUAUCUUAAAGCCUGCUUAGGACAAUUUAGCUAAGGGUAAAUUCUGAGUGGUUUGCCUUUCUAAAUAUUUGUAAGUUUUCCAUAAAGGAAUGUUCAGUUACUUUAAAGCGUCUUAUCAAUGUACCCAUGUUAGAACUAUGGGAUGAGUAAUACAUUUUUACAAAAAAAAAUAUGCUUUAUAGGAAGGCUGUUGAGCUUGUGUUGUAUUUGUUGUUUAAGCCUGAUGCUGAUGUAGUAAAAGUUUACAGGUUGAAAAAAAUGAUUUUUAAAAUGGUGGCUGAAAAGUGAUAAAGCAUUUAUUUUGCAUCUGUCAUUCGAGCCUCCCGUUGAUUAAAUUUAUGUAUUCACUCCAUAUUGGGAAUAUGAACGUUCCAAAACUGGUUUCCCCAUGAAAUAUUGAAAGUAGAUUCAUGUUGUGACUUUUAAGAUAAAUGUUCUAAAUGUUGAUCAGAAAUUUGACUGCAGCACACCACAGAAGUUGCAUUUUGAGUAUGUGUAUGUCUUUUACCCUAUUUUCCACUUAGGACAUUAGUAAAACUGAGUAGGUCUUUCUUUGUCUGAUUCCAUUCCAUGGAAAUUACAGGUAUGUUGUACAUACUGCCAACAGUUGUCUUGCAAGGUGAGGCCUACCUUUACAAUGAGAAUAUAAAUAAAACUAUUUUAUCCUUUA